UGCAUUCAUAUUCACUAGUUUUGGUUUGAUUAAUCCAACAAACCAUUGAAUUUUAUUCUGCUUUGUCGGUGUUUGAUACUUUGCGAAGAAUGCAACUACAUUAAAUUUAGCUAAAAGCAUCCGAGCAACGAGUUUAUGACGACGAUAUAGGUCUUUAUUUGUUUAUUCGAAAGACUCGUCAGAAAAUGCAGCUGACGUCUCACGAAAGAGGUAUAACAGGUGACAUUAAGAGGAUUUAGCGUAAAGAUUGUAGCCUCAUCUGUAACGCUUGAAUCACAAUGAAUACUAGGUAUAAAAUAAAUACGUUUCAAAAAUUUGUUAGAUUUUUCCGGAAAAUAUCAAUAGUAUUUUAGGGUUGUCCAUGUAAGUGUUUAUUUCCGGCAAUGCGUCUUAUCGGAAUGGUCAAUCUUGCAUGCGCUACGUUGGGGGCGCGCGUAACCUAGGCAACGGUUUCACAACAGCUAAUUUAGUGUAGUUAACUUGUGUUUAGGUUCACUGGUCUUGAAUCCCGAAAUGAAAUUUAAAAUUUAUCAAACUAAGGAACCGAAGUCAAAGGAGCCCAUUUUUGCUCUCGGAUGGUGUAACAACGAGGAAAUUUACAGCUGCAACGAUGAUCAUCAACUGUACAGAUGGACCACCGUCAAUAGGGAAUUUAUUCAGGUUGCGAAACUGCCGGACGAUUUCAGUCCAACCGAUCUGCACUGGCUGCAGCCGAAGGGAACUGCUGUGGGUAGUUCCGGAGGUGCCAGUUCUAAGGGAAGCGACACGCUACUGAUUUGUAGUGCUGAUGGCAGGUUUAUAAUUCUGAAUAAAAGCGCAAGAGUAGAGCGAAAUGUUGCGGCACACAAUGCGACUAUCGUCUCUGGUCGUUGGAGCCCAGAUGGAGCAGGAUUAUUGACAGCCGGCGAAGACGGAACUAUCAAGAUUUGGUCUCGUUCGGGAAUGCUACGUUCCACGAUCGUACAGAACGAGGGACAGAUUCGAUGCGCUAGAUGGGCACCAACUGCGGCAGCAAUCGCAUAUUGCCAGGGACCCUUUGUAGCCGUGAAACCACUCGCGGCAAAUAGUAAACUGACGAAGUGGAGAGCUCAUGAUGGACUGGUUAUGUGUAUCGCGUGGUCUAAUAACACUGACUUGAUUGCGUCUGGCGGAGAAGAUUGUCGGUAUAAAAUAUGGGAUGUUAACGGUGCCAACAUCUACACGAGCGUUAGUGACGAUUAUGCGAUUACGUCACUUGAUUUCAGUCCUGAUGGAGAACUAUUAGCAGCAGGGGGAUUCAACAUGCUAAAGCUUUGUCACUAUUCAGGGUGGGCCCAUAGUAUCAACAGGUUCAACCAAGAAACAGUCGGAUCUCUGUUCAAUAUUGUAUGGUCUUCAGAUGGAACGCAAAUAACGGCCGGUACUAGCACCGGAAUUUUGUUAUUUGGUCAUAUAAUCGAGCGUGAACUACGAAAUAGAAACCUGAAGGCACUAACAAGCGGUAGAAAAACUAUAACGCUUAACGACAUUAUCACCAGAACGCACGAUACUCUUGAUUUCGCCGAUCGGAUAAUUAAAUGGGAACUUGGCUAUGGUCAUCUCGUUGUUGCAACUGCUCAUCAGGUUCAUAUUUUCAACGAGAAUUAUUUCAACACACCGAUCAUUAUUGAUGGCAGAGCUGAUAUCAAAAUUAUCAUCUUGGGAAAAAAAAAUUUUCUCCUGGUAGAUAAUAGUUCAAUCUGGAUUUACACCUAUACAGGACGCUUGCACCUGAACCCGCGGUUUCCCGCGUCACAAUCCCAGAUUCCUCAUUUGAGCAUUCGCUGCAUUUCAUUGGGCUUGGAUACGCUCGCAAUACGAGACUACUCGGACCAAACAGUAAUUCAUGUAUUUGAUCUCCUACCUGGGGCCACUAGACAAGAAGAGCCUUACACAAUCCAAAACAAAUCCCCACUGGUAGAGUUAGCAGUCUGUCGCUUUGGUAAUCCGGAUGAUCAGUACUUAGUGUUCAUAGAUGUGAACCGCGAUCUAUUCAUAACCUGUGUUAGAAAUGGUCCAGAGUAUACAAUCCAUAAAAUCGGAACUCAAGUUUGUACAGUUAUGUGGUCCAGUGACACUAAUGUUCUCGUGGGACUACAUGAUUCGUGCUACAGUGUUUGGUACUGUCCGGGUGAAGCCUGUACGGAUCCCACUCUGAUUGCUUUAACAUCGUUUACGUUCGAUACCACCGAGUUUGGUAAAAAUAUCACGCUGGAGAACUUCGAAGGGGCCAACGUAACUCUACGUAGUUCUGGGGCAAUAUUUACGAUUUCAGUGAAGAUGUAUUGCGUAAUUUUACACAAGCUUUUCGCCGACAAUGCAUGGGAACGUGCUCUUAAACUUUGUCGUCUAGUUCAGAAUCAAGUUCUUUGGGCUACGUUAGCGGCGAUGGCAUCGAAACGAAAUCAGCUGGAAAUUAGCAAAGAAGCGUUCUCGGCGGCCUUACAAGUAGAUAAGGUUAGCUACUUAAGCUACAUAAAAGAUCUCGCCCCAACUAGUCCAGAACAGAUGGCCGAGAACUCGAUCAUGAAUGGGCGUAUUCAGGAAGCGGAAAUUAUUUUACUGCACAAUAAGAAAAUUCAUGAGGCAAUAUUAUUCUGCCUGAGAAUGCAUCGCUGGAGUCGUGCGUUAGACAUUGCGCAGAAAAAUGACACCGACUUGAAGCUGGUGCUGAAGGAGAGGAAAAAUUAUUUAUUGGCGCUGGGUCGGGAAGAGCACGAUCCUAAUUUUUUGAGCUUGCAAUAGAUCUAAUUUAAUGUCUACUAUUCGCAACUUGAGUCGAGAAAAGAAGUAGGUUAGUAAAUCUAGUGUAAUGAAUGUAUAGGUAAAAUAUACAGCUCACAGUAAAUAUACAGCAGGAAUCAAUGCCAAAAUGCCAAAAAAAAAAUUGGACCUUCGCUAUGGAUUAUUUGAAACGUAGAUGUAGUCAACAUUUGGAAUCUUUGAACAGUGAACGGCAAGAACCUAUUUUUACAUUUCAAUGAAGAUUAUGUUUCCAUAACGUAUUUUUUAGAUGUUUAAUUUUAAACUGGCAUACUAAAAUAAAUCCACCAUUGACAGUUUU